AUGAGUGACGAGUGUUGCAUGCAAAUCGAUGCGGUCAGAUAUGGAUCGGUGAGAGGUGUUCCAUCGGAUCACACAACCGAGCCAUCCACUUCACAAACCAGCACACACAUUCCGUCCGAAGUGUCCAGUCAAUCAUCCGAACCGACAACAUCAACUACACCUACUCAUCCACAGACUGAUUCAUCCAUCGUGACUACUCCGGCCUUCGAAGUAAAAGGAUUGUUGUAUAAGGAUCAAGGAGCGAGACCACACAUAUGGACUGAUGAUUUGCUGAAUCCACUGACUGAAAUCUAUCAAAACCUGUCACAAUCAUUCUGUCGAUUAGUUUUAGAUAGUUUACGUUUGGGCAAUCCAGAUAUUGCAAAAGAUGCAAAAUGUCACAAGGUUGUUUUCACACCAGUCACUAUAUUCUAUUAUCAAAAACGCCAAGUCGAUGCAACAGGGAACUCUAGUGAAAACUCUACUCAAGGUGUACAGGCGAGUUCAGAAAUACAACUCGUGUCACCCAAUGCAACAGAACUUAAUCAGACGGAAUUCAACAACAUUCUCGUUACAGGAUACAAUCAAGUGAAUUCAAGCAGUGAAUUGCAGUUAUCCAAUGUAGAAACUAACGUUGUUAUACCCGACUCCACAACAAUAGUCCAACUCACAAAGACCAGUAUACAAACUCAGUUUGAAGAGUUCACUACCAACCAACACGUCAUCAGCACUGAAUCACAAAUCUCAACAGAAUUAUACAAGUUCUCGUCAUUAGGUGUCCAUUCCGAUUCCACAUCCAUUCCACCAGUCACCGACAUCACUCAGUCAACUCAGUCUGACCAAACCACAUCCACCUCACACUUGAUCGACACCACGCCAACAAUCUCCACUACAGCAUUCCAGUCGACAGAAUCAACAACACUGCAAACACCAGUCUCAACUCCAGUGUCAGUGUCAGUGUCAACAUCACAGCACACACCAGAGUCCACAUCACAGCCAUCACCACAGUCUACACUAAUGCAAACAGGUACGUAUCCGACUCUCGUUGGAACAAAAUUAAACAAACAAUAUUAA